AUGACGCUCUGGCGGGGGCAGCAUGCGGAGACCCCCUGCCCGCCCCGGCGCCUGGGGCCGAACAUGCCGGUCCCUUUCGAGAGCCGCGCGGAGCCGGGGUCCCUGUCCCAGCAGUCCGGAUUUACCCUGGCAGUGCCGCAGUUGGUGUCGGUGCAGGAGGGUCUCUGUGUUCUCAUCCCCUGCACCUUCACGUACCCAGCCUCGUAUGACACCUACAAUUCCUGGGCCCAGCUCUUCAGAUACUGGUACAAGGAUCCAGCCAUUGUGGACUCUGAGCCACCCGUGGCCAGCACUGACUCCAGCCGGAGGGUGUCGCAGGAGACCCAGGGCCGGUUCCGGCUGGCGGGGGAUCUGCUAAGUGGCGACUGCUCCCUGCAAAUCAGCGAUGCCCAACAGACGGAUGCGGGGAGAUAUUUCUUUAGAUUCGAGAAAGGAACAUUGAAAUACAAUUACCGCUCCAAUUCCGAUGGCACUGACGCAAUGCUCACAAUCUCCGUGCCAGGGCUGACGGAGGAGCCAGAGAUCCAGAUCUCACCGGCACGGGGGCUGCCAGCGACGCUGCUGGCUGGGGAGCCAGUGACUGUGACCUGCACGGCCCCUGGGCGCUGCUCCGGGACCCCUCCCCGAGUCACCUGGACGGGGCCGUUCAGCGACACAGCCCAGGACGUCUCAGCCCCGCUGGCGAACGGCACCUGGGCCCACAGCUCUGUGCUCAGCUUCACACCCACCCUGGGGGACCACGGCAAAGAGCUCAUCUGCAGCACCAGCUACAGGCCAUCAUGGGGACCUUCCACCCGCAGAACCAUCCAGCUCCAUGUUGUCUACCCGCCCGGGCCCCCCAACAUCACCGGGAACCUGACCAGGAACGGACGCCCCGGACUGGCCCGAUUGGGAGCUGAGGGCGACAUUGUGUCUCUGGAGACCCAGGAGGGCGACUCCCUGAACCUGAGCUGUGAGGCUGGGAGCAGACCUGAGGCCACCCUGAGCUGGGCCAGGACGAACAGGUCCCUGAUCCCUGGCCAGGGAGGGGACUGGCACUUGGAGCUGCCGAAUCUCAGCAGAGGGGACGCUGGGGAGUAUCGGUGCUGGGCGAAGAAUUCCUAUGGGUCGGCCAGCCGGGCCCUGCGUGUGCACGUGCAGAAUCCCGGCACCUCGGUGGCCAAUGGCUCACAGCUCACGGCCCGGGAGGGCGACUCCCUGCGGUUCCUCUGCUCUGUCGCCAGCAGCCCCCCCACUGCGCUGGGCUGGGUGAACGGGGGCCGAGCGAUUGAGGGUGCCCACCCCGCGGGGGAGAAUCAGCUGUGGCUGGAGCUGCCCAAUGUGACGGCCGAGGACGGGGGGCUGUACGGGUGCUGGGCCCAGAACAAGGAAAGCUCUGCCCAGGGAACAUUCCAGCUUCUCGUUGAGUACAGCCCCCGGCCGGGGACCAGGCUGAACUCUUCCUGCCAGCACCAGGGGCCCAGCAUCAACUGCAGCUGCUCCCUGCGCUCCCACCCCCCACCCCGGCUCCAGUGGCAGGUGGACGGGGAGCCCCUGGCUGGGAACGGCUCAUGGGGAGCCCUGCAGGUCAGCUCGUGGGCCCAGGGGGACGAGGCCGUCAGCACCCUGAGCUGGACGGGGAGCGGGGACAGGGGCCCCCGGAUCUUCUGUCUCGGCUCCAACCCCCACGGGACCUACGCCGCCCUGCACUUUGAACUCAGCCCCCCGCAGAGAGGUGCGGAGGAGCCUGGCAAGCUGCUGGGCGUCGGGGUGGCCUGUGGGCUGGGGGUCGCCAUUGUCUUCUUUCUUCUCAGGCUCUGUGUGAUCAAGCUGUGGGGCCAGGAUCUGGUGCCCCCCAGCGCUGAGGCCGGGGAAAUGGCUAACGGGAGCCAGGACGAGCACACAGCUGACGAGGCCAGCCUAAUCUACAUUAACGUCAACACCAUCCCCAUAGAUCACAAGACUCCAGCCACCCACCGGACCAAAGACGUCCAGGACGGGGCUGCCACAGCCCAGGCCCCGCUAGGCCCCAGGGAGCCAGACGAGCUGCAGUAUGCCUCCAUCAGCUUCUCCAAGCUGCAGCGCAAAGGGGGGGAGCCUUCGGAGGACCCGGACACAGAAUAUUCUGAGGUCCGGCUGAAAUAG